AUGAUCUACAAUCAAAGGGUAUCGGCAGACCCUGCUCGACCAAUGAAUUCGGCUGCUAUUGCCGCAGCAGCAGCUAUAAGUAAUUCUAAAGAUAAUGACUUUCAAUACCCCAAUCAUGACCGUGCUACUAGCAUGUAUGUUCAAGAACUGAGAAGGAAAAGUAUGAAUAAAUCUUCUAAGUUAUCCUUGAGAAGGAGUUCUCCUAGAUUAGCAUCAUCGGAUUUUGCUCAAUCUCCCCGAUUUAGGGAAAGACACGCCACAUCACAUAACAGUGAUGGGCACACUACAAACUAUUAUGAUAAUAUGCAUGAAAGACGUGCAUUCUCCAUGCCAACUAAUACGGAGAACCCAAUUGCGUAUAGCAGAAAUAGAAAAUCAAAUUCACAGCUUAAGAUGAUCAAGAAGUACAUUCCAGGCCCUAACGGUUUAACCAUUAUAGAAGUUCCAGAUUUAAGGGAAAAUGAAAAUAAUAGUCAUAUAUACAGAAAGACUAGUAUGCGCCCAUCAAAUGACAAGAGGUUAAAAAGACGUUAUUCGACGGAAAGUCAUACAAAUAGUAAUUAUGAACAACGGCACCAUUCUCGCUCUUCUCGUACGUCGUCGUCAUCUCACUCUGCUAACCAACGUAAUAGUCGGAACAAUAGACCUGCAUACUCUUUGAUUGACACUUCAAUUGAAGAAGAGAACGAUUUUCUCCAUGACCAUUCAUUACAACAUCGCGCUAACAAUAGUAUUUUGAAAACAAGUAAUAACAAUACCCGGCUGGAAUCUUUGAAAUUAAGCAGGAUACCCCGUAAUAGAUCCUACCAUUAUGGAGAACAACUGCAUCAGAAUCGGCAUCUUCCAGUAUUCGACUCAUUUUCAGACGGUACUAGUGUCGAAAUAAGGCCAUUGAAUAUAUCUCCUAGUAAUAGUCAUUCAAAACAAAGACAGAUACGAAAUAACCAACAGAAAGAGAAGCUGAACCAUAACUCUGUGGCAAGAAAAACAUCCAUAGGGGAUUCAAAACACCUUAAUGUUACCUUAAAGCCAAACUCUUCCAAAAAUACAUUACACAAUGUAAGGAAUAAUGACGAAGGGCAAAGUAGAGCUACUGAAGGUAACCAUACUGAUAAUCCCCGCAGAAAUGAGCAGGGAUUGAUAUAUUCAAAUGAUGCCAGUAUGUUGUCUGAAUCAACAGGAAAUAACACUAACAAAGUUUCCAACAAUGCUCUUCCAACGCACAUCCAAGAAAUUCUACAAGAGCCUCUGAUAUGCCCCGAAAAUGAGUUAAAAGAAAACUCUUCACAAACAAGUGUCUACUCAAAUCCAUCCACAGAAUAUGAUACUCAAGCCAGAAGUGCCCAGGUAAUGGAUAAUCGUAUCGGAGUAUCAGAUGUAAACCGAGAGAAUCCAUCUAAUGAGGGUUCCGAUUUUAUUCGAGGUUCUGCUAAAGAGCUAACUGAGCAUGAAAAGCAAAUUAAGGAUCGUCUUACAGAAAUGAUUAAUUUGGAUGAUUCUAAUUUUUCAACGAAGGACAUUCAACAAAAUACAGAAUCAUCAAGUCCAUUGACUUCAACACAUACAAGUAAAGUUUCAUUAGUCGAAUCGUUAGAUAUUCCAGAUGAAAACAGCACGAAAUAUCCUCGUAAAGUUGGAAGAAUGCCGACAAUAUUAUCUGUCAACUCUGCAAAUAUUCCAGGGAGUUAUGCAAACAACAUUGAAUCAGACCUUUCAAUAUUAGAUGCUAAGGAUGUCAACAGCAAUAAUUCUGAUGUUGACGGAGAUGAUGACGACGAGGAAGACGACGAGGAGGUAUUCCAUGACUCAUAUGAAACUCAGUCAUAUUUUGAUAGAAAGAAUGAGCUACCAGCAUCUCGUCAAGAUGCACAUAGGUCAAUGGCCCAAUAUUUACGGCCAACAGGGUACUCUUCAUCUGCUGCCAACUCAGCACAAAAGCUGGAGCCAAAUAUUAUAGUGGGCACGAAUAUUGCUAAAACUCAUCUCACCAAUGCAGUAUGCGACAAUAAUACUACCAGUACUGCUGUUGGCAAAAACAUUGCAAAUUCGAUAUCAUCUGUUUCAACAAAAGUUUCCAGUCCACUCUAUAAAGUUCCUUCUCCUUUAAGACCAAGGUCACAAGCAUCAACCAUCCCGCCAACAAGUUCAACGUCUUCUGUUUAUUCAGAGAUAGUUCCAUCCCCACAGCCUUUAGCGUUGAAGCUACCUUCAAGCUCCACAAUUGCAAGCAAGAGAAUUCUUGCCGACGAUACACGUACUGUAGAGGCUAUUCCCCCAAAAAGUGAGAAACGCAGAACUCAUCAACAACAACGGCAUAGGCCAAAUGGAAAUCAUCAAGUGCCAACCGCUACGAAAAGUCCAACCGUAGAAACAAAGAUAUUACAUCAAGUGUCACCACCUUUCAUUACAGUAACAUCUCCGCCAAGAACCUCCAUUCAGCAAACUAAUUCGAGAACAAUGCACUCACUUAAUAGUAGCAGAAUCAGUGAACAUACUCUGGCAAGAGAUUUAUCGCAACCAUCAGAAACGUCGUCAUCAUUAUUAUCAAGGGAACAAAUGAUUUUACAUAAUUCGGCACUUUAUCCAAAAGAACCACCUAUGAAACGCUCGAGUUUUGAGAAAAAUAGGAAACAUAACUCCUCAAUUGAGCAUAUUGGGUUUAAGAAACUAUCCUUGCGAGAUUCUAGUGAUGAUAUCAGUACACAGUAUCGAGCUCAAUAUAAUAAGCAACAGGAACUAGAACGAAAAAAUAAAAUGCAAUCUAGGUUCCAGGAUUCUGAUGAUGAUGUUUCUAAUGAAUUGAAAGGACGUCCCAGUCAUGAAGAGAGCCAUCAAAUAUCAUCUUUUUUCAAAAUGAUUAACUUAGAUCAUUGUCAUAAUAAUAGUGAUAAUAAUAAUAAUCAGGAGAAUGAAGAAAACGGAACAUCCUCUCACGAGAUAGAUACAGGGGAGUCUCCUAGAAGAUUCAGUAAUAAAUGGAACAAGCUGACUUCUAAAUUGAACACAACUCAGAAUGAUAAUCCUAUGGAGUUCAGUAGCAACGUUUAUGAUUCUACUGGACAUAUUUACAGAUUAGAUAGUGGUGAAGAACAUGGAUUAAAGAAAAAGAAACAUCUUCAUUUGGGUAAAAAAUUCAAAAAGUUAUUUCACAAGUUAUGA